UUACACCGCCAGAGGAGCCCCGAGCAAGAUGCUGCUGAAGAUGCCCCAGAAGCUGCUGAAGACUGCCCACUACAUAGAGCUGGGCAGUUAUCAGCAUUGGCCGGUGCUGAUACCCCAAAGGAUACGACUGUACACUUACGAACAAAUCCCCCUCUUCCUCAAAGAAAACCCCUACAUCACAGACGGCUACAGGGCUCACCUGCCCUCCAAACUCUGCCUGAAAAGUAUUUUUAUUCUGUCCAAUGAGACGGUGAAUAUCUGGAGCCACCUUUUGGGUUUCCUGCUGUUCUUCUCUCUGGGAGUCAACGACCUCUUGUCUGUCCUGCCAGCUUCUGGAGCCAACAGAGAGGACUAUGUCAUCUACGCUAUAGGACUCUUCUGUUUCCAGGUUUGCAUGCUGUGUUCAGUGGGGUAUCACCUCUUCUCGUGUCAUCGAUCGGAGAAGACUUGCCGCCGCUGGCUGGCGUUGGACUAUGCAGGCAUUUCUGUUGGCAUCCUGGGCUGCUAUGUACCUGGGAUCUUCUACGCUUUCUAUUGUAACGCUUUUUGGCGGCAGGUCUACCUGCUGACAGUGCUGUCCCUGAUCCUGGCCGUCUUCAGCGCUCAGGUCCACCCUCGUUACCUCAGCAAUGACUGGCGUUGGAUACGGAUGACGAUCUUCUGUUGCGUGGCAGGUGUUGGCACGAUUCCUGCCUGCCACUGGGUCUGGCUCAAUGGUGGUUUCACCUCCGAUGUUGUGCAGCUGUUUCUGCCUCGAGUUAUAAUAAUGUACUUGAUUGCUGGUUCUGCCUUCCUGUUCUACGUCACCAAAAUCCCUGAGCGAUAUUUUCCUGGCCAGCUGAACUACCUGGGCGCCAGCCACCAGGUGUGGCACGUACUUGUGGUGGCUAUGUUUUACUGGUGGCAUCAGACCGCUGUGUACAUCAUGCACUUUAGACACAGCCAGUCUUGCCCAGCGCACACCACCAGGAGCUAAGUGAAAUUCAUCAUGUAACAACACAAUAAUAAGAAGAACCAUAUUUUUGUGACCUCUACCUUGUCAACCUAACGACAAGGUACUUCUGAAUACCCGCUGUAGAAAUAAGGGGGCUUCUUUAUCAUACGCCCUCCGUCACACUGUUCAACUCACCUGUGUGUACCACUCGCAGACUAUCUUCCCAAUCUGAAAUCCACAUUAGGGAUUAGAGCAGCUGCACAGCCUUGGUAAGAAAUAUGUCUGACACCCUUCACUGUAAUUUAACUGUCCAAAAUAAAAUAAAAUAAAAUACAUAAACACAUCAUGUCAGACACUGCAUGCAUUAAAGGAGAAUGUGCGGAUGUGAUUACAGACGGCUGAACGAUUGACACAAACAUGUAGCAUGUCAGUAAAAUGUUUGGCCACCAGGUGUCCCCAGAACAUCUUGAAUUCAGCUUGAAAUUUGUUCUAAACCUUCUGGAGGGAUUGAACACUUUUGUUUUUUUAAUAAUGACGCAUAUAUAAAUAUGCUGAGAAGGUACCCGAAUCCCACGGCUUAGCAGAGCCACUGGAGGUGGAGGUUGGUGCUGGGAUUGUGUUUGCUCCUUAAGGACUGUGAGCUGAUGUUAGAUGUGGUCAGCCACACUAACUCAGCCCCUAAAGCACAGAAAACAGUGAGCUCCAUUAGAUCAAUGCAUGAAACUGUAUCUUUUGUAUUCGUAGAAAAUAUUUGGGUGAUAAAAGCAUUUUCUCAUGGUUGUUUAUGAUUGUAGUUUUUGUACAGAAGUGUUGGUAAAAAAAAUAUCAAUAGGUAUUUUGAAUCCUUUGAAUCUUACUUCUUAGCCUGUGUGAACAAUUAUUUAUUUGUUUGGUUUUUUUUCCUUGUUUUGUUGUCGGUUCUGUAUGAAAUGUCUUGAUUAAAAAGUGGGAAUGACAGAAAAAGCUGAGGGAGCUGAACGUUACCGUUUGGGUACUGUGAGUUACCUCUCUUUGGUAGAAACAGUCACUCAGUACUUGCAGUAUUUGCAGUAUUUUUUUUUUUUUUCAUUUUUGAAAAUACUUUGAAAGCACUUCAAAGUUGCUAAAGCCAGUAUGUAAAAUCAAAGCUGUUGUUAUCAGCUCAGAGAAACAGACUAAUCUUAAUGCUGAACCAAUUUUUAUCAUUGAGAUGAUGGGUAUAUAUUUUUUAGUCUUCAGUCUCUUAAAAUAAUGGGAGUCUGAUUUCAGUCGUCCUGCUGUAGCUUACUUACAGUUCACCUCACUCAACGCAGCUCAUUAGAGAGGUACUAAGUGACCUCUGGUUGUUUAUCUGUUGCAAUGGUUUAAUCAAAUUAUAGGAUAGUGCAUUUAUCUCUACUGGCACGCUUCCAGUUUUGAUAUUGUGCUCUCUUGUAAAACAGAUCAGCCACAACAUUAAAACUACCCCACUAACACCGUCAUCGUGGUGGAGGCGUGGCUUGGACUGCAGCAGUGUUCAUGUGGGCAAAACAGUGCAUUGUAACAAGGUUCCUAAUGCUAUUUGUUUCACCUCUCAGUAGUUUUAAUGUGGUGGCUGAUAUGUGUCUGACGAGAGAAAGCGAGAUCUUUCUUCAUAUUUAAUUUUGAGGAAAUGACGGUUUAGCAGCGGUACGUGUGACUAUGAAUUCACAGUUUGCUGUGAGCAGUAGCACUUAACAUAGCACUCAGUGAUGAGCCCGGGAGGUCAGUCAACUGUAGCAGAUAUCUGUUAUCAGCCAUCAGUCCUUUUAUCAUGAAGCCUCUCGGAACAAUGUGAGAAAAAAAUACUGAUAAUUCCCACCUCGUUGCUUUAACAAGGCCAGUUUGAUGUGUGUCAGCUUCCUUUUCUUUUUUAAAUUAAUGUACUUUUGGGCAGUUAUAUAUUUUUGGUGGUUUGUAUUGUUUUUGUAUUAUUCAAUCAGGUUUGCCUUAUUAUCUGUUUGUACUGUAAUGGCAUUUCUACAAUCUGUGGGUCCACAAUUGAGCCUAAACUAGAACAACAUGAUCAAACUGUUACACUCCAAGGCCAGUGUGUUUUUUCUUUCUCUUCAGAGCACUUACUGCUGCAGUCAUGAUGGCAGCACUCAAAAGCACUCUUUUCUUUUUUUAAGUGUCUUUAUUUUGGCAUUAAAUGCUUGAUCUGCUAGGACUGCUGUUUGGUUGUUUUUCCUUUGUAAGUGUGUUUUGUAUGUUACUGCGGUGGCACUGACUACUGCGAUGUGAAAUAUUUAUUUCAGUGCCUAUGUGAAAAUAUAUUUUUCAACUAUUUGAAUGAAUAAAGAAUGCAGGGAAAUCA